AUGCGUUUCUUAGCGUUAUUCUCAGCCUUGGCUUCUGUGAUCUAUGGGACGAGUGUUUGCGUCAAUCAAAACUGUGCUCCAAAAAAUUUGGUUGCCGAUUUCGUAUUCCUGAUUGACGUUUCCGAGGCGUUGAGUCAAGAUGAUUUCAACGCGGUUCAGCAACUUCUUCUCAACAUGUCCACUUCACUGACAAUCGGUCCAACUGCAUCACAGAUGGCUAUUUACACCUAUGCGACACGAGUCCGUUCAGCUGGUCUACUCAAAGAUCUCAACACAUUGAGCGCUCUUCAACAAGCCAUUGGCGGUCUGCAAUACGAUGCCACUGAAGACAGAGUCUUGCAACAAGCCAUCAGUCAAGAGGAGACUGACGUGACUGCUGCAAACGGUUUCCGCGCUAACGCCAAGAAAGUUCUUGUCAUCAUUGAGGGAGAUGAAUUCACCGGACAAUCACCAUUCAAUCGACAGCUUGACACCGUUAGGGCAAAGUUCGACAUGAUUUUGGUGGUUGGAGUUGGUGAGCAAGCGAUUCGCAACAACUACGAAAAUACAAAGAAACUUGCUGGAGACAAAACUGACGUUUUCUGGGCUUACAACACCGACCAUCUUCCCUACGCUCAGCUCUGGAUUCAGAACAAUGCUUGCGCCAACUCUCACGUUCCCCCAACAACCCCAAUGCCAACCACUGUGCCCACUCCAAAUCCAUCAGUUCCAUGUCCGGUGACCACACCAAACUUUGACGUUUACUUGAUCGUCGACACAUCCACAUCGAUUACCCCAACUGAUUUCAGCACCCUAAAGCAACAAAUCCUAUCCUUUGUGAGCGUUUACCCACUCGGAGAUAGCAAUGUGAACUUUGGACUUGUCACCAUCUCUUUGGAUGCUCAACUUUACUAUACUGGCUUUCAUGCAAACCAAAACCGAAAGCAACUCCUUUCAACGCUCGGCUAUUUGACUCAAGAUGCCAGCAAUGGGCAAACGCUGGCUUUAGCUCUCCGUGCAAUCAAUUCGACUUUCCUCGUUCAAAACUAUCCAACUCCAAACAAACUUGUCGUUUACCUCUCUGGCAAUACAAACUUUGAUCAAGACCCAACAGCACUAUCUCAAUCCAUCGCCAGCACUUAUGGAGUUCAUUUUGUUGCUGUUAAGUGGAAUGCGGGCGCUGAUACUACUAAAUUGUCGACACUAACUGGUGGUGCGAAUUGUGUCUUUGAUGCUACCACCAAACGUGACCAAACUGCCACCUGGUUGCAAACACAACUUUGCACGAAGCAGUUCUGCCGC